CAGGUAAAAAAUGUCAGCAGCACCAGCUGCAAUUCCAGCGCUUUCGGGCAAGGAAUCAUCUUUUAAGGAUAAGGACAAGCCCGAGAGUGUUCGCAACAGCAACAUUGUUGCUGCAAAAGCUGUAGCAGAUGCUGUGCGAACAUCACUUGGCCCUCGUGGUAUGGAUAAGAUGAUUCAGUCUGGCAAUGGAGAUGUUACUAUCACCAACGAUGGUGCCACGAUUCUUAAUCAAAUGAGCGUCGUGCAUCCUACCGCAAAAAUGCUCGUUGAGCUUUCGAAAGCUCAGGACAUCGAAGCGGGUGAUGGCACUACGACAGUCGUUGUAAUAGCUGGAGCAUUGCUGGAUGCUGCGCAGACGCUUUUGCAGAAAGGCAUCCACCCCACAACCAUUUCGGACUCAUUCCAAGCAGCUGCGCUAGAAGCCGAGAAGAUUCUUGAAGGAAUGAGCUCGCCUGUUGAUCUCUCAAACGACGAACUGCUUGUUAAGAUGGCCACAACGUCACUCAAUUCAAAGGUGGUAUCUCAGCAUUCAUGGCUUCUGGCUCCCAUGGCUGUCAAUGCUGUUAAACGCAUAAUCGACCCAGCUAAGGACACUUCUGUGAAUCUAAAAAUGAUCAAGAUUAUCAAGAAAAUGGGAGACACUGUUGAGGAGUCGGAAAUGAUUGACGGAGCACUGAUUGACCAGAAAACUAUGGGUCGUGGUGGCCCGACGCGCGUAGAGAAAGCGAAAAUCGGCUUGAUCCAGUUCCAGCUCAGCCCGCCUAAAACCGAUAUGGAAAACCAAGUUAUCAUCUCGGAUUACACCCAGAUGGAUCGUGCACUCAAGGAAGAACGUCAGUACAUCCUCGAUCUUUGCAAGCAGAUCAAGAAAGCCGGGUGCAAUGUGCUCCUUAUUCAGAAGAGCAUUCUCAGAGAUGCAGUAAACGAGCUCUCGUUACAUUUCCUUGCCAAGAUGAAAAUCAUGGUAGUAAAAGAUAUCGAACGUGAAGAUAUUGAGUUCUACUCGAAGGUUCUCGGGUGCCGUCCUGUAGCAUCGGUGGAUCACUUCGUCCCCGAAGCUCUUGGAUCGGCAGAUCUAGUGGAAGAGGUCCCCUGCGGAGGUGAUGGCAAGAUUAUCAAGGUCACCGGAGUUGCCAAUCCUGGGCAAGCUUGCUCUAUCCUACUUCGUGGUUCUAAUAAACUAGUAUUGGAAGAAGCCGAACGUUCUCUGCAUGAUGCUUUGUGCGUAAUCCGAUGCCUUGUCAAAAGAAAGGCGCUUCUUCCAGGUGGUGGAGCACCUGAAAUGGAAGUUGCGGUACAGUUACGUCAGCUUGCGCAGAAGCAAGUGGGUGCCAGACAGUACUGCUUCCGUGCGUUUGCUGAUGCUCUUGAAUUGGUCCCUUACACUCUUGCUGAAAAUGCUGGGCUUUCACCUAUCCACACAGUGACUGAAUUGCGUGCUCAACAUGCUAAUGGUAAUUCUGAUUAUGGAGUCAACGUUAGGAAGGGAUAUGUCACUGAUAUCCGCGAAGAGAAUGUAGUCCAGCCCUUGUUGGUCACACUGUCUGCCAUCAAACAAGCUUCAGAGUGUGUUAGAUCUAUUUUGAAGAUUGACGAUCUCGUCAUGGCUGUUCGUUAAAUAGGAAUUGACGUCUCUACUCACCAAAUACGAUCUAAAUGCGGUCUCCUUGCACCCAAUUCUACUUCCCGCCAUCUCCUGGCCACCACCGCUUUAGCAGCAGUUGCUGUCUACUAUUUUCGGUGUGCACAUUUAUGCAAUUGUUACGAUCAUCCGUUUUGUUCUGUUGAUUUGUUGCCGUGUAAUGUUUGGAAUAAAAUCGCUUGUUUGAAGUGUAGACAUAGGAAAAACUUAUAUAACAACAUUUAUCGACGAGUGUGAUGGGUACACUUGGC